UGUAAACAAUGUCAAGAUGGCGUCGUCCAGUGGUAGAACUGCGAAAGAGCUUAAAAUGAUGAUUUCCGCUAGCAAUCAGGAUGUUGAUGAGAUGCAAGAAAACUUGGACAAGCUCAAGAAAUUAACAAGAGAUGACAAAACGGAGACAGCUAUGCUGCGGGCACGCAUUGACGAACAGUCUCAACUGAUCUGUAUCCUCAAGCAGAGAGCGGAUGAGGCCUUGACCCGAACCCAGACCCUGGAGCGCAUCAAUCGUGACCUGGAAAUGUUCCGUGACAAUGCCCAAGAGAUCAUUGAAGCCGAGGUCAAAAAGUCAAAUCAGUUAGAGCAAAGAUUCCACGAGCUGGCUGAGAACCAUGAAGAGAUGAUACGUAUCAAGGAUGAUUACAAACAAAAGAAUGAGGAACUCAGACAGGAAAACUUGCGACUCCUGGAUGAGAAUUCAAGACUAUUCUCAGCUGCACUUGUGGAGAAAGAUGGGAAGAUAGACUCACUGCACAAACAAGUGACCAGUUUGAAAGAGCAAUGCAAGGAACUCAAUCAGUUUAUCAGCCGACUGCAGACUGAACAUCAUGAAAAGAGCCAAGAAAUGGACGGGAUAAUCAAACACUUGAAGAGUCAACUGGACGACACAAACAGGAAACUGAAAGGCACCCAAUCACAGCUGCAGCAGCAGUCGGAGAAUCUCAAGAACGCCGAUGCCAACAGGGCCCUCAAGCUGGAGAGACUUGCCAAGGAGAAAGACGAGAUGCUGGAGUUGGCCAUGCACAGGGGCAGACUUAUACAGGACAAGCAGCGUGAAAUCAAAGAACUUCAGAACAAGGUGGCUGAGGCACAACGAGAAAUCCAGAGAAUGGAAGACAAAUUUGAGCGGGAUGCAGCAUUGGUCUCCACCAACCUCCAAGUGAUCCGAUUGAAGGAUGAGAAGGAGCAAGCUGAGUUGACACUCAAGCAAAUCCACAUGGAGUACGAAGCUUACAAGAAGCAUAGUAGCAGCCUGCUGGCCAAAGAGAGAUCGCUGAAUGCACAACUCCGCAAUCUGGUAUCCUAGCAACAAGUGAUCAAGUCCUUGGUAACCAAGGUAACAACUUCAACCCUUGCCCCAAACAAAGAGAUGCUGUAUAUUUGCUGAGCUUUUUGAGAAGAAUAUCAUCACAAGUUAUAACUUCUGAGCUCCUUGGAAACACCUAAAAGAUGUUCUACCA